AUGAACAAUAAUAAUACAGAUAUUAUUGAUGUUCAAUCGAUUAACUUUGACACAACUCAACCAUCAACUAGUCAACCAAGAACAUCAUGUGAAUGUUUUCGAAGAAGAAAAUUAAUGUGGAUCAUACUUGCUAGUAUUGUUACGGUUUUAAUUAUAUUAGGAAUUAUUAUUCCAACAAUUAUUAUAAAAACAAAAAAGAUACAAAUCGAAGAAAUGUCAACAAUGGAAACAACAACAGAAACAACGAUAACAAUAACAGAAAAAAUAGCAACAAAAAAAGAAACAACAGCAACAACAAUUGAAACAAUAACGGAACCGCUAACGACGACUGAACAAAAAACAACAACAGAAAAACAAUUAUUUUCUUCUAUCGACAAUAAUAUCGAUAUUAAAUGGAUUCAAAAUGGUCUUAUUGUCGCUGGAGGAUAUCGACCAACCAGUAAACUCGAUGGAUUCAAUUCUCCUUCUAGUAUUUAUAUUGAUGAUGAUGAUCAAACGAUGUAUAUUGGUGAUAGUGGUAAUUCGCGUGUGGUUGAAUGGAAAUACGGCGCAAAGAUUGGUCAAGUUGUUGCUGGUGGAAAUGGAAUGGGAAGUCAAAUGAAUCAAUUCAAAACUGUAAUUGAUGUGGUUGUCGAUAAGAAGAAUAAUGUUUUUAUCACGUGCGAUUAUGAUAAUAAAAGAGUUGUACAAUGGUCUCGUAAAAACCUAACUGAUCAACAAAUAAUCAUCUCAGACAUUUUCUGCAGGGGUCUAGCAGUGAGUAAUGAUGGAUUUCUUUAUGUAUCAAGAUGGGGGAAGGAUGACGUAAGUCGAUGGAAACUAGGAGAAAAAGAUGGAGAAACUGUAGCAGGUGGGAAUGAGCUUGAUCAACUCUCAUGGCCUUAUUCUAUCUUUGUCGAUCAAGAUCAUUCAGUUUAUGUAACGGAUGGUGGUAAUUAUGAUGGACGUGUAACGAAAUGGUUAAAAGAUACAAAAUUUGGAAUUGUUGUUGCUAGUCAAGGUGAAGUGAAUAGUCCUAUACAAUCAUUUGAGCCUAGUGCAGUAUUUGUCGAUCAUUUGGACAACAUUUAUGUAACUGACUCACGCAAUCAUCGGAUAAUACGUUGGUUAAAUGCAUCUAGAAAAGGCGAUAUCAUUGUUGGUGGAAAUGGAAAGGGAAAUCGAUCAAAUCAACUCAGUAACCCUUCGGAUUUAUCAUUCGAUCGAUAUGGUAAUCUUUAUGUCGUCGAUCAAUCGAAUCAUCGAAUACAAAAAUUUGACAUUCUCGUUAAUUAA